AAAUUUUUAAAUAGUGUCACUCCAUCACUCGCGUUUUUUUCAGGAGUAUUAAUGAAACCUAGAUAAUUAAAGGUACCAUUUAUUCUUACUGAAAUUUUAAAUUAAUUGGAUUUAUUGAAUUUUUAAUUAGUGUCAGUCCAUCACUCGCGUUUUAUAUUAUCAGGAGUAUUAAUGAAACCUAUAUAAUUAAAGGUCACAUUUAUUCAAUUUAUUUAACACUUUUGGAAUUUUUUUACAGAUUUUGUAUCCAUACCCUCUCGUCAGCGAUCUUUUGCUUUGCAUAACGUGCAGCACACAUAAAUAUAAAAAUACAGCAACAACACAAAUUGGUCGCAAUAGUAGUGGGAACUAUUUGAGCUGCACCAAAAACACCUGCGUAUAAAAAGUCUAACAAUGCAUAUAAAAAAUUUACAACACGCUCAUGCGGCUUCGGCUGCUAUGGGAGGAAUUGUAAUUGUGUCAUCGUCGACAAAUAAUACCACAAAUAAUGCUAACAAUAACAACAACAAUACCGACAGCAGCAAUAACAAUAAUGAAAACACCCAGGUAACACAUCAUCAGCAGCAGCAACAACAAUCCCAACAACAACAGCAGCAGCACCAGGCCGCAAGUGCAGCAGAAAUUCCGAUUCCGUUCAAUAUGCAUCUGACUGCAGCUAAUUCAGAAGCUCAUGUUGCAGCCCAAGCGGCAGCUAUGGCUGCAGCACAAGCAGCUGCCGCACAAGCCGCCGCCGCCGAACAACAGCAAGCGGCAAAUGGUGGCAAUGGAGGAAGUGGAGGUACCACUAUAUUGCAGCAACAUCCUUUAGCGCACCUAGUAGCCACAGCGGCUCAUAGUCCAGCGCUCUCAGAGCACCAUUUUCCGGCGGGGCGCGAAGUGGUAGCCAAUGGACAUAGCGCAGGCAGUAGUGCGAGCGGAGGAGGUGGUGGCGGCAGUGGCGGUGGCAGCGGAAGCAGCAGUGGGGGCGGCCAUGAAAAACCUUUCCUUUGUAGUGUAUGCGAUCGGCGGUUUCGGCAAUUGAGCACACUCACUAAUCACGUGAAAAUACAUACCGGAGAAAAACCAUACAAAUGCAACGUUUGUGAUAAGACCUUCCGUCAAUCGUCCACUCUAACGAAUCACCUUAAGAUACACACUGGUGAAAAGCCGUUUAAUUGCACCUAUUGUCCGAAGAAUUUCCGACAGCUGAGUACACUAACGAACCAUGUGAAAAUCCAUACUGGUGAAAAGCCCUUCGAAUGUGCCGUUUGCAAGAAACAAUUCCGUCAAUCCAGUACUCUCAAUAACCAUAUAAAGAUCCACGUCAUGGACAAGGUGUACGUGCCAGUUAAGAUAAAGACGGAGGAGGAGGAAGGAUGACUAGAGGAUAUGGUGAUC